AUGAACUUGAUAUCAGCUAGUAAUGGGAGUGUUAUUUUCUGCAAAGGCAAAGCCUUGGUGGUGAAGAACACUACCACAGAUGCCGUGGAGGAAGUAGCUGUGCCAGGCCAAAUAUCCUUUAUGUGCAAGAGGUACUUGGUUGACAGCGAGAAAAAUUUGUACACCAUUGACGGAACCGCUUUGAGAAAAAUUCUGAAGCUCAGCAGGAACAUCUUCUGCUUGGUCGAGCAUGGGGAUGCGGUGUAUGUUGCAGACAGAUUCGGGGAUGUUCACAGAAUUGGAAACGGUGAGUGUGAGUAUGUGUUGGGAACCCUGUCGUAUCUGACUGGAAUGGCGAUACACAACGGGAAGAUCAUUCUCAGCGAUAAGUACGGAAGAAUCCGCAUAAGCAGGAUGGAUGGAAAGAUACUCGACUAUAAAUUCAGUUGCGACCCCAUAGUAUCUCUGGAAUGUAUCAAUGGAUCCUUGGUCUCGAUAAGCAAUAGAUGUGUAGCUCUACAUGACAGAGAAUACUCAAUAAAAAGUGCAUUCGAGCUCCCAGAGGAUACAAAGGUUCUAAAGACCAUAAGUAGAGGAAAAGAUGAGCUUAUAGUAAUUUGUCCGAAUUCUUACCUUCUCUUUAGGGUAGAAGACCGUAUCGAUCUCGUCUCUCUUGUGAAGGAGGCCAUAGCCGAUGGGGUUUGUAGCGGAUCCACCUUUUAUAAGGUAAUGCUGGACCUCACUAUUGUGGAUGACAGCGGAAAAGUUUUCUAUGAAUAA